GCAUUCAAAGAGGUUAAGGGGGUUUGAAACCAAUAGCUUAAGUAAAAAAACGUGACUUUGUUACUUCAGCUUCUACAGAAGUAUUUUAAACCUUAGUAUAUUUAACUCUACCUGAGUAAUGAAUGUGAAUACUUUUAACACUUUACAGUUACAGUGUUUUUGUAGCAUGGUGAAUUUGUAGGAACUAGGAACUAUUGUACAGGUGGUGGACUGAGGAAAGUCGGACGGAGAGGGGGAAAACACUGUGAAAGCGAGUCUCAGCGUUAAUUUGACCUCUAUGGGUGACAAACGUCAGAGAGCAAGAGUGCAGGGCUCUUGGGCAAAACCUGCAGGGAAACCCUCUCACUCAGUUGCAGGUCGGCAGCAGCCAGUGCCCGGGUCAUGGAACACUGGGAACGUACCAAGAACAUAUGAGUUCCAUCAACCAGCUGAUCCGGUCAGAGUGAUACCUGUGGAAAAGGUGCUAGAAGAGGCUGGGGACUAUGAGAUUAGCCAAGGUCCCACUGGAGUGUCCAGACUGCGGCUCCUUCCAGGGUUUCUACCCGUGGAAGAGGCUGACUGGAUGUUCGCUAGACUGAUGGCCGAGCUGCCAUGGUCACAGAAGACCAAUUAUAGGAUGAUGGGUGAGGCAUAUGAAGAACCCAGGCUGACCUGCUGGUAUGGAGAACUGCCUUACACUUACUCCCACUCCACAAUGGAAGCUAACCCUCAGUGGCAUCCUGUCCUCACAACCCUGCGCCAGGCCAUUGAGCGGGAGACCUGUCACACAUUUAACUCAUUACUCUGUAACUUGUACCGUGAUGGAAAGGAUAGCAUUGCGUGGCACAGUGACGACGAACCCUCUUUAGGCCCUCAACCCACCAUCGCCUCUCUCAGUCUAGGGGACACUCGAGCCUUUAGCCUCCGGAAGAAACCACCUCCAGAGGAGAAAGGGGAUUAUACAUAUACAGAGAAACUAAGGGUACCACUGAGUCAUGGUACACUCCUCAUUAUGGAAGGCUGCACGCAAGAAGACUGGCAGCAUCAGGUGGCAAAGGAGUACCAUGACCGAGGCCCUAGAAUAAACCUGACCUUUCGUACAAUCUACCCAGAACAUCCCUCCAAGAGAUGAUUGGUAAUGAUGGAGGAGAGAGACAAUAAAUGCUAAAAGAGCUGUACAUACUGUAGUUGCAGCCCAUUACUCACUAGAUAUAAACGGGACAAGGCUGAAAAGAACAUGGGGCACUUGCAGAACAUCAACAAAUCGGUGAAGGAUUUUGUCCACCAACUGCUUUGCCAAAUAUAUAACCAAACUGACCUAAAGUGCACUUUUCUUUUAGUUAUACAUUUUGUCUUUAAAAUAUGUUUUAUAAAAAAAAGAUGUUACUUUCCAACAGAACUUUGUUUGAAGUACAGUAAAUAAUACGUUUUCAUGUUUGAUA